CGGCUUCUUCAAAUGUGCCGCUCAAACGACAUCAAAAACUCGCGACAAACGGUUGGGGUGGAUGGACACUAAUUCUACUUUUUAAAUAAAUACACGCAAGAAGUUUUUAACUCAAAUCGUGCUACGUGUAAAAAAAUUGUUUAGUGGUUAUAUUUGCCUUCCUAGUUGAAGAUAUUUAGACACUUCGUUGUUCGUGUUUUAGCAUAAACGGUCAUGGGUGAGUUGGGCACGAAGCUCGGCUUUGACGAGUUGGCGGGAGGAGCAGCGGGCAUCAGCAGGGCGCUAUUGGCAGAGUUCAUAGGAAACCUGAUCCUCAACCUGUUCGGCUGUGGUGCCUGCGUGAACAUCGCGCAGACGAACGCUGCGACAGACAUCGUACUCAUCGCCCUCGCCUUCGGUUUGGCGGUCUUCGCCAUCGUCUCAGCGAUAGGUCACGUCUCGGGAGGGCACGUCAACCCGGCGGUAACGGCGGGCCUAGCGUCGGCGGGUCGCGUGAAACCGGCGCGCGCGGUGCUGUACGUGAUCGCGCAGUGCGCGGGCGCCGCCGCCGGCUCCGGCCUGCUGAAAGCGCUCACGCCGGAGCGCGCCGCGGGCAAGCUCGGUGUCACCGCUCUCGGCAACGACGUUACUCCGCUCCAGGGCUUCGGCAUCGAGUUCUUCCUAGGUUUCAUACUCGUCUUCGUUGUAUGUGGAGUCUGCGAUCCGAACAAACCGGACGGCAAGCCGACGGCGCCGCUGGCGAUCGGCCUCACUGUGACGCUGGGCCACCUGUUGGCCGUCGACUACACCGGCUCCGCCAUGAACCCCGCGCGCUCCUUCGGCUCCGCGCUCGUCGCCAACGACUGGGCCAACCACUGGGUGUACUGGGCCGGGCCUGUCGCGGGAGGUGUCGCGGCCGCGCUGCUCUACGUGCACGGGUUCUCCGCGCCACCUGUGGACUCCGCGCCGCCGCGGUACCGCCCCGUCGCUGCCGAUGAAAAGGAGCUGAAGCGACUAGACGGAGGCAAGGCGGAGGAGCUUGCCUGAAGCCGCGAGUCGCUCGUGCGGCCCCGCCCGCGCGCGCGCCUCGCGCUCGGCGUCGGCGUGACCGUCCCCAGCGAAACACAACCCUACUACCGACACCAAUAUUGAAGCCAACUGCUCUACCCGCAGACAUAUAGCUGACUAGACUACACACAAGCACGUACAAACAGCAACACUUCUAACUGUACUUCGGUGGACCUUAUUACAAAAGGCCAAAAGGCAUAUGGUUCACCGAUGUACAGCUAACAGUGUGGGCGAUGGUACUACGCAUGCCAUAUAAUGUUCUAUACGGCACGUUGCACAGACGGGUUUCAGACGUUAAUAAAGAAUAGUUUUUACUCAAUCCUGCUGGUACCUUUAUCUGUAUGUACCUAUUGUCUAACUAAUAGUUAGUCUCUCUAGAUUAGAAUUAGAAUCUUAACACAAAAUAAUCAAUAAAAAUGCAAAUCGUUGCAAGCGUCCAUCACGUCCAUGUAUUACACUAAAAUUGACACGCUCAUUUUCAUAUAAAUCUGGAUACGUGCGACGUCUAUUUAGAUAUAUGUCUGUGCAUCAACCCAAUGAAAGCGAAACUCGCACACAACGAAAAUACUUUGAUUUCGCUACAACACUGUCUUCAGCAUUUUUCCAAGUUCACAUAAACUUAUUUCUAUUAAAUUAAGUAUAUUUAUCUUUAUAAUCUGCAUUUGUAUUGUCUAGUCGCCCACAAACCAAUCAAGACAAACACGAUUUUGAUUCUUCAGAAAAACAUUCAAAAUUAGUAAAUAGUUAUUUGACGACCGGUCUGGCCUAGUGGGUAGUGACUCUGCCUGUGAAGCCGAUGGUCCUGGGUUCGAAUCCCAGUAAGGGCAUUUAUUUGUGUGAUGACACAGAUAUUUGUUCCUGAGUCAUGGUUGUUUUCUAUGUAUUUAAGUAUUUAUAUAUUAUAUAUAUCGUUGUCUGAGUACCCACAAUACAAGCCUUCUUGAGCUUACUGUGGGACUUAGUCAAUCUGUGUAAGAAUGUCCUAUAAUAUUUAUUUAUUUAUUAUUUAUUAUUAUUUAUUUAUGGCCCUAUACACUUUCGACAUACGCACGGAAAGUGCUCUUUAGUGCGGGAAAGUAGUACUGUAAAGACCUUUAAUUAUGGGCGGCUAGAGGGUAGAAAUUAUUUUAAUAAAUGUGUUUGUCUUCCAAGUCACCUCCUGCGGAGCUCUAACUAGCACAUAUACCUAAUACCUAUUUAGAUAUAAUUAGGUACAACUUUCCACGAAUUGAUUUAGUUUAAUCAGCACUGGAUUACACAAUUAUAUCGAUUCCUUCUCAAUCAAUAGUAGUAACAAUGAAACUAUACGUAUAUAUUGAAUAAUUUUACGGUUUAGACUCACUUGUUUUAAGUCACUCGCGCGACAUGUUUCGGAAAGCCUAAGUCUCGUUUCUCAAGCACUAACAGUGCGAGCAGCGUUCACGACGGCCGUGUAUCGUGUACCGGCCGUGUAUAUUAGUUUAGUAUGUCUCACAACAGUUUAAAUUCGAUUAUACGUAUAUAUUCACUAUUCACAUAGCUGAGUUAGAUCUACUUGUAUGUUAAAGUGAUUAUGGAAUAAUAAAAUGUUCUAUUUUAAUGCACCUCUAUUAGCACUUACACUUAUAUAAAACAAUUUCCCAGUGGACAUUUUAAUAAUGGUGCUAGUAGAGGUCGCAGUGAACGUUAAUUUAAUUAACCAUAUGUUUUAAGUAAUCAACUUUGUACCGAGUAUGGGAAUUUUCUGAUACAGUAUGAAGUGAAUAAAAAGUUUCCUUCUAAUACACCUAAAGUAAUAAAUGCACGUGUAGUUAGUAAGUUAUCAUCUAUUUUUAUAUAAAAUUAAAUUUCUUCCGAGUAUGUUUAAAAACAUACUCUGUUCGAAAUCGUAUAACAUUACACUACGAUAAGUGUACAUAAGUGUACGAUAAGUGUAUUGAAGAGAUGAUUUUUGCAUUGUGAAAUAUUUCAAGAAUUCUUAUCAAUAUAAUUUCCGAGAUUAAGUACUCAGUGUCGCCUGUACUUAUUGUACCAAAUCUGCAUGUGUUCAGGUUCCGGGAUAUUCAUCUCUUAACCUUUUGACCGCCACCUCUAUUUUAUAUAACAAACAAAAGUAAACUUUAUUAGAAUGUAUUAAGGUUAGUUUUAUACUGUCACCUUUGUCGGUUGUAGCCGGCUGUGGCGGUCAAAGGGUAGGGUCAACUCACUAGAAUUUCUGUGAAAUUCCUUCCCGCCUAGUGAAGUUUUACCCGUCGGUUUUAUACGUGUGUAUCAGUUUAACAAUGAUGUCUUUAGCAAAUAAUUUUGAAUAAAAUAACAAUAUUUUACCGA